CCACACACAGUCGGCUGUCAGAGGAUCCUGAGGUUCAUGCUUUUUUCCUUCACAGGUCAUUUGGAAUUUCAUUAGCCUCUAAAAAAAAACUGUAGGAAACGUUAGAAUGGCCAUAUAUUUCAAUUACGGGUUGCUGUUUGCAUAUCUUGUACUACCUGGAUUCUUACUUGGGGAUUUGGUUUUCCGAUGCUCAAGUUGCACUGCUGAGCUUUUGGCUGCUUGUCCCAAAGUACUAUGUACAGAAAUAGUGAGGGAGCCUGGCUGCGGUUGCUGUCCGGUGUGUGCCAGGAUGGAAGGGGAACUUUGUGGCGUCUACACACCGAGGUGCUCCAGCGGCCUAAGGUGCUAUCCGAACAUGCAGGUUGAAUUACCUUUGCAACAGCUCAUCCAGGGUUUAGGACGAUGUGGACAAAAAGUGGACGUUGAUGUCACGGCAAGUCAGGCCAACCAGGCUACAAAUGAGGUGCACGGAACUGAGAAUCCACUCACCAGGAGGCCCACCAUAGAGAACUGGUUUUGGCAGCUGGAGUACGCCAAGAAGCAACACCAGAAUGAGAAUAAAAGCAAGAUGAAAAAUCAACUAGAGGAGUCUCGAAUCCAAAGAGUGCCUCAGAAUGCCUGUCAGCAGGAGUUGGACAAGGUCUUAGAGGAGAUCUCCAGAAUGACCUCUGAAGAUAACAGAGGCCCACUGGAGAACCUGUAUGUGCUCAAAUUUCCAAACUGUGACAGACAUGGACUGUACAACCUCAAACAGUGCAACAUGUCCACCCACGGCCAGCGGGGCGAGUGUUGGUGCGUUAACCCCUUAACUGGGAUCCAGAUCCCAGCAACACCCAGAGUCAGAGGGGAUCCCAACUGUAACCAGUUUCAGGAGGAGCUCAGAGUGAUGCCCACUGCAGCAGCCUUCCGCUAACAGCGUUGAAUUUCCUUCAAACUUCAAAAAUCUGUGAGGAUUUGGCCAUGAAUAGGGUUCCUUCAAUAUAAACAUGUAAAGAAGUCACUGUACAUAAGGGCUUUUUUUAAUUGACACUGUGUUUAAGGUUAAACUGGUUUAAAGGAUAAGGCUGGUUUUAUUCUCUAUUUUUCUCAACACUACUGGCUUUGGUUGCACAGGUAAUACUCGGUAGGAGGAUGAAUUCAUUGUUUGUUUUUGGUCUUUUCGUGGGAUUUGAUGAAGACAAAGCUGCAAUCAUUAUUUCCGGGCCACUUGGGGGCAGCAGAACAAACUGUACGCACAGUAUUGACAUAUUACCACACAAUAGUAUGAUGAGUUUUCCCACUGUAGCAGGUACUGAGUAACAUUUAGAGUUGUGUUUGUGGCCGUCAGAGUCACCUAAGUCCCAAUAUUCAUUCUCUUUUAGCUCUAGUUUUGGUCUCCACCAACUCCUGAGAUAAUUAUCUGUCCUCUUUGGUGCUAAAUGCUCCACCAUGUUCACCAGCUUGAUAUAAGCGUUGAUGCUUCUUUAGUGUAAGGCACAUAGUGUACACUGGGUUUAACAGAGCUUCUUUGCUUACAUUUGCUACUGCCAGAAAUGAAACUGAUGAAAGUGGAGUUGGAGGGCUAGAAAUCCAAAACACUGAGCUGAAAGAUGUUAAAAUCCUUCGUACUUAGGGGUCGAGUUUUAAUUCUGUGUGAAUCUGCCACUUUGAACGACCUCUUUCACAUUACAUGCAGUAAUUGAAUCCAUUGCUAGUAUAAAAAUAUGAAUCUUUGCAGUGUUGAGGUUAAACUCAAUAAGGCUUUCAACAGCAUUCAGAACGUCAAACGUUUUGAUUUGAUAUUUCUUUUUGAGUAAACUGCUGUAUAUCCUGGCUUACUCUGGCACAUUCCUUUUCAUUAAUGCCCCCUGUUAAAUAAACCAAUAAUUAAAACAUUUUCAGAUACUUUUUAAUACUUUUUAAUCCAUUAUUUCCUGAAACUACAAACUGCAGCAGUGUGAAGGCCUUGAACACUUGAAUGCUCACAUUAAACAUUGUAACAUCUGUCUCCUUCCAGCCCUAGACAACUGAUACUGACGCCAGAUUUGAUGCCAUGCUAAUAAACUGCCCCCUAAAGUCAGUUCAGGCACACAUGCCUUUAUUUUUCUUGAAAUGUGAGAGACUUACUGGUACUCCUUGAAAACCUUCAACAUAUCAGAUCUGUGCAUACAAAUCUACAACUAAGUGGAUGAUUAAGAAGCUUAUAUUUUUGUAUGAUUAUAUCUUGUCACUUUUCUCUGUGAAGUUUGCUUCCUAUAUUAUAAGCUGUAUUAAAUCUGUUUUGCUCUGACAGUCACCGAAAAGAGAAAGUUGUUGAGGUUUU